CGUCGUCGAUGAGAUUAUACUUCCAGGAUGUACUUUGUACCCGAUGAAUGGCUUCUCCUGGUUUAAAUAAUAAUGAAACCUCGAUUUAUGUACGUGAUUUUUGCCACAUUGAUAUCCUUAAAAAAUGCCGUAUUAGCUCCACCCACCCAGCCCCAGUGACGUAAUCAAUAUCUUGAAAGAAAUUCGGCCCACCUGCAACAGCCGGAUGCUCUGUAGGUUAAAAUUAAUCUAUUCGUUACAAAAAUAAAACCAUUCAGAACGAAAGCUUAGUGGAUAAAUAGUUGUGCUUUAUUUUAUCAUUGUAGAGUAAAAUCAUCACGUUUUUUCAAGUAAAAUGCAAUAUUUUUUUCAAACUCAUCCUUUGACGGAACAUUCAGCAAGAAUAUUUUGAGAAAAAUUGCUGACAACACUAAAUAUCGGUCUACGCCUCUGCCUAACUAGUUCUCAACUUUCACUCGAUUGUGAACUUUUACUUUUCAGACAUAGAUAUACCUGUGCAACCACGACAGGCGAGUAUAAUGUUUCACUAUAGAUGACGUUCAAAGUCCUGUUGGCUGGUUAUUCCAACGAUAGAGAUAAGUAAUCGCCGAUAGCAAUCCUGAGACGUCGACAGCCCGGGACGUAAAAUCACACGUGCUUUACAGUAACUAAGACGUAUCGCCAGUCAAACGACCCUUCAACUUGUUCGACGUCUAAACAAGUGCAAUGCUGCGCGCGCUUUAUAGCAAUCAUUUUACAACAUUUGACCUCACGUCAAAGCACUACAAGACGAUCGACGUUAUUUUCAUUGCGAUAGCUGGAUUUUCGAUGUGAUGCCGCCAAUGGGCGCAGCUGUACAGUUUAGUUCACCUUUGUAGAGAGUCUUCUACCUAAUUCCAAACGUAUUAGUAAGUGAAUUUUUGAAAUAUUGUGCGAUCUAGUGAAAACGGUAUUGCACGUUUCGCGAACUACGAACUUGAAAGAAAAGAAUCAUUCGGUGAAGCCAGUCAAAGUAAAGAGCAAGAUUCAUGUAUGCCUGCAGUGUUUUUCAAUAUCAGAGGACUUAGGACCAAUGAGAAUAUUGGACUGUCACGUCAUUCAACGACGAAUAGAACAGUCAAAUUCAUGGAAUGCCUGGUACUGUAGGAACUGCAGCUGUGAUAUAUCCAGCGGCACGCAAAGCGGUACUUUGACUCGAAAUGUCUUUACUCUAGCUGAUAUAUCAUGUAGACCAGGGUCAUAUGUUGUCAAAAACGUUAUACCACAGCGUUCGUAAAACCAUUGGCCGAAAAGACCAGAAGUAAUCAAAAUAUUGUGUAAUUAAUACAUGGCGAGACUGUAUCGUUUAUGUAAAUUGAACCAUACUGUUAGACCAUUUAAAGAGCGAAUCAUUCGGAAGAAAAAUACGGCAUUCAUCCGCUUUCGAGCUGUUCAGAGACUCGUGUAUAAUGUACAUUUACACGCGACCGUUUUCACGUUUCUGAUUGGUAUCUCGUACAGGUAGUGAUCACGUAGGUGUACGUUGUAGGCCGUACCCAUCUACCAUCCAUACGUACACACUGUGUAUAUGUAUACAUAGUGCAGGAUGUGCCUGAUAUUGAUUUCUGAAUAAUCCGUUAUUAUGACUUGCCGCGUGGGUAUAAGUCGACCCACGCCAAAACUGCAGUGACCGCUGACACCUAUAGCACACACGACUAUGUACAAGUGUUUGCGAAUGGUUUGAAUACGUGAAUCGAAUAUUGUUACAUGCAAUUACAGGUUCAGGAAUAUUAUUCACUUGUCAGUAUAACCUCAAUGAUAUUUUUCCUACUUUCUUUGUUUUUACUCACGCUGUAUGGCGGGUACUGUAUAGUUAGCGUAGAGGAUGAUAAUUACCCACUCUGAUUUUCAUGCUAAUGACUACUGCAGAUUGUUCACCUUGCAUGCAUGGACUGGUCAUCGAGCAUCAUCUUUGUCUGUGGCCUCAAUUCGCGUCGCGUUUCAUAUAAUAAAAUAGCUCGACGAUCCAAUCCGUGCGGAAGUGACUAUAGAAAAUAUCGAGUGUUCCAAAUUAAGCUAAACAAUAGACACAAGUUCGCUGCAACGUCGUGUUACGCCAUGAAUGUCCCAAUUGUAAAGAUAUGUAUGUGUAUCCGUUUUUGAACGCGUCGCGAGAGAGUGUACAUGACCACUUGUAAACGUAUUCGAGCAGCAACUCUGGGACAAGUUAGUGAUUAGUAAUUGCAGACGAGGGAAAGGCAUCGAAAUUAUAUGCGGCACCGCAUGCAAUCCUCGUAUGUCAGGGGUCGCGAAACUAUUCAAGAAAGUUUUCACAAGGAAUUGCUGUAUAGCGUUAAAAGUAGGAAUCGCAUAAGUGAACGUAAAAUAAAAAUGGUGAAGAGGGAAACUGUGUGACAAAUCGUAUCUAUGAGAAAACAUAAACCACUGAUACUUUAAGUUUUGAUGCUUGCUCGAAUUCCUGCUUCACCGAUGGCACUGAACUAAGAAGUCCUCCAAAUUCUUAAAAUCUCGAUCGAUUAGCCUAAAAAUUGUAGUUAUGCAUCUUGGCUAGGAAUUUUAGCUUCGAUGUUGACUAGUCGGUGGCGAUUUGCUCUACGCUACCAAGUUGGUGUUCGCAACUGCUAGUUGUUUGUCCUGCCACCCCGGCUUUUUACGAUCGUUGACAACUGCUUCAGCAGUUCCGGUGCUUGACAGUAAACAACAGUAGUGAUUGCGGACGUUAUCCUCCGCAUGUCCAUUACUUCGCUGCAGGUGGCAACGUAAUGGGCACUUUUCCACCAGUGGGAAACCCCGUCACGUCCUCCGUCGCAGUCUACUAGUUUCUAUUCAAGUAUUACUGGGUCAAGCGGUUCUUAACACGUUCAACAUGCCCAUGGUUACCGCGUUUGUAUGAGUGUGUUACGCUCCCAACGGGUCUAAUAGCGCGAAAGCGCGCUUUGCCGCAAAGUUGAGAGUUGAGAGUUGAAUGCAAUCGCUGACAAAGCGGUACGACGAAUGGACUUUCUUUCCGGUUACAAGCGUUCAUUUUAAAAUCAGGGAAAAAAUUUAAUCAUUUUUAUAAAUGAAAAGUAAGGACGUGUAGUGGCGCGUAAGAGCGUAGGUGCGCAAGGUCAAUACAUCGGCUGAAACCUUUCUAUGGCUUCACAACUUUUUCCCAUCGGUUGGCUCGGUCGAAGUGUCGUCGUGCGGUAUUUUACUGAUGCCAGUGGCCAACGGCAGCAAGAACUUGUCACAGUUUUGUAAACGGUAGAAUAAUUACCCGACAACCAAUUCCAGGUCGAUAUCCAAAUAUCGUUGAACGCGAGUUGAGAAGAGUCGUCGAUUAAUUCAAGAGUCUUAUUACAGAAGGACGAAUAUUCAAUUCGCAGUCAAGUGUUAAAAGUGGGGCAGACGUGCGGUUCGAAAAUAAAUUUUUUCACAAAUCAUUUGUAUGACAUAGACGUUUAGUUAUGGUCAAACGUAGGGAAACAAUAAAUAAAUAAAUGAAUGAUGUACAAAUUUAUUGCGUGAGCGCCAUUAUUAUUGGCGGGAGUACAAGUUUAUUUCAGUGACAUGCGUACGUGAACUAUUGAUGUAAUAAUACUCAUAGCAGUUAAUUGUAUGCCAAGUUGAAGGACGAAUUCAAAUAAAUCCUUCUUACAAUAGUUAUCGACCUCUCGACUACUUUUCUCGAUAGUGGGGGGGAGGCAAGCCCCCCACUGAACUAGCCCAUUUGCCCCUCUCUUAGUUCCACCGUCCGUUUGAUCGAGCCUUGCAAAAGUUCGUAAGGCUUGUGUGCGGACGCUUAGUUAGUGUCACAUUGUCAUCCCGCGGGCGCGAGUGUCGGUAUCGCUGAUACGUUUUGCGUGACAUUCGCAUUUGGGUUUAUCCGAAAUGAUUACCUGGCCCACGAAAUGUGCGUGCAUGUCAGAAUAGAUGCGAUUAGAAAAACUAGCCGAGUAUAAGAAGACAAAUAUUUCACUCAAAUAUUCUCUCGAUAACGAUGUGACCUCGCAAAUGAAAGGUAUCGACGAGGACGGAAACAUGUCACAUCAUCCCUUACAAAGCAGCAACUAAACUUGUCAGACGCAAUUACGACACUCGAAAAGUGCUUUACGUAAAACUGAGCUAUUUACAGCGUAUAACAGAUUUGUAUCUUGUUAAAACCAGAAAUAGUGCCUAUAUACUGUCAGUAUGUACAUGUGAGUAAAAACUAUGCGACGAAAUUAGUGAACGAGUAUUAACGGUGAAAACAUUUGAUUCUUUCACCGUUCGCGCAGACGGCUUACUAUGCCACGUUUAAUAAGUUGCACAACUGGUUAUUUGAAUGUUCCGUGGUUUUGGUUUCGACUUGGAAAGUAAUUUGGCACUGGUUAACCCCAGUUAACAUAACGCGACUGGCCUUCAAUUGUACUGACAACUGGAAAUCGUCUGAGUUGACCCAGUUUCUGGCGACACGUACACAUGUGUGACAACUGCAACCUUUAAUAAACCGUAAACCGCAUGUGUGUAUUUAUACGGAAUAAAAUACCCGAUACCCAACUGCAUGAUAUUCGUUUCUAAACAGAAGUGAAUACAAUGCAAUAAUUUCUAUUCCACCUACGUCCUUGCCUACUGCAACAAGUAUGUAAUAUCCGUGCUGAGAGAGCAGCUUGAAAACACCAUAAUUAAAUUUCAAAAAAUCUGCAUCUUUUUUUAAAAAAAUUCCGAUGCUGCAGGUAUACUGUGUGACACAAUGGUGUCUCAUUAAGAACAAGUUCGAGUCAAGUUAUCCGAACAAACCAAAGAAAUAUUGUGAUAAAUAAAAUUGAACAUAUACGUAUAGUUGUGAGUUAUUUGAACUGAUCGAUCUAAGAGAACUUUAUAAUUCGUCGAGAAUAUUUCACCCCGAGUGUUCAGUGUUGAUAAAGUGAAGUUCGUAUAAAGAAACGCACCUAAUAGCUUAAUAAACAUGUUUGGUGUAACGAUAGUGGAACAGCGCGAAAGAAGACCACCGCCCGCGGGAUGUGGACAAAACCAUCAGUACCACCAAACUGUUCGAACAUCGAAAGUUCAUCAUAGUUCACGAACGACAAGAAUAGUUACCGUCCAGGAGAGAGUCGUCAGGUCACGACUUCAGCUCGGAUAUUCAACACCCACAGCCUUCAUGCACCGUUUUCCACAAAAAAUGGAUAGGCCAUCGCACAGCACCAGUCUUGGGCAAGUUCAUGGUGCGGGUUCCCACGGGAUGUAUUCUACCGGAAGUCAGUCGGCGCUCUCUACUUCGUACAUCACAGGACAGUCGUACAUCCAGGGCCAGAAUUAUAUUCACACGUCGUACCCGGCAUCAACGACCCAAGCAUUUCCACACGCUGGAUACUCGCAACCACAAAGCUAUGGUGCUAUGGUCCAAGGCUAUGGUGGGCAACCUCAGUCAUCUUACCAGCAGCCACUGCAUAAAAAGGGCUCCGUCAGAAAUGGCGACGUUCUCAAGCGUUGCAGACUUCAAAACCCGUACGAGCUCUCCCAAGACCUGCUAGACAAGCAGAUUGAAAUGCUGGAGCGAAAAUACGGCGGUGUAAAAGCUAGAAACGCAGCUCUGACAAUCCAGCGAGCGUUCCGCAGGUAUACACUGCUGAAGAAAUUCGCGGCGAUCACAGCAAUGGCCAAAGCAGAAAAACGACUCAGCAGACGUCUGCAGGAGACAGCUGAGAGACCAGGAAGCGCGAUGGAGAAUGAGAGAGUCGCUUACCACAGUCAGAUAUACAUACAGCAAGUCCAAUCGGCAAACAAUCGACCAAUGCCCAUCAGAAGUAUGUCGUUGAGGGAAAGAAGGCACAUCGACAAUUCUCAAUCGUCCGCUCAUAUACCGAGAAGUCAGAGUGGCCGCUGCGAGAUCCAAGCUGGUCCCACUCAGUCCCCGGCCGUAGGGCACCAUCAGAAUAACCACAACUUGCAUCAGAACAGUCACAACGUGCAUCAACUUGGCCGUCACACGCCUUCGCUGAUGCCUAGCCCUUGCGUAAGACAUCAACAACCUCCUCCGAGUCCGUGUUGGGACUCGAGUUCCCAGGGUAGCGGGUCUAGCAUCCAUUACUACAACCCUCAAGAAGCCCUGUGCGGCUUGAGACAGGAGACGCCACCUAGAGAUAUGCAUAGAACUCCGUGCACGUCUCCGUCGACCCCGCAGAACCUUCAGGCCCCGCCGCCUCAGUCAUGGGGCAACAGUUCCCAGCCAGGAUCCGGGAGCAGAGUCAGGAAUUCGGGGAAAAAAGUACCGCCGGAAGUCCCGAAGAGAACGUCAUCGAUAACUUCCAGGUCUAUGGAGGGUAGACAUAACGGGCUCAGCAAGAGUGUUGAGAAUGGAAGUCUGAGCUCUGUCCAAAGCUCUGGGAGCGACUCGACAAAUUGCGAAAGUUCCGAGGGUGACGCUCACAGAGGUUCGCCGAUAUGGAAACACAAAGGAAUCUCGAGUUCACCCGAACACCAAGAAUGCGGACACAUAACAGAGAGCAGCGGUCCGAUGAGCAGCAUAAAAGAACUAAGUCAUUCGCACGCCAGCUCCGGCUACCAGCUCCCAUUGAUGGAUGAUACGGAAGCACCACCGCAAACAAGUUAUAAAGUUUCGGAGACUGUCAGAAAACGCCAGUACAGAGUGGGGCUGAAUUUGUUUAACAAAAAACCGGAGCGGGGUAUCAGCUACCUAAUCAGACGAGGCUUUUUGGAAAACAGUCCCCAAGGUGUCGCCAGGUUUCUGAUCAGCAGGAAAGGAUUGUCCAAACAAAUGAUCGGGGAGUAUCUUGGAAACCUCCAGAAUUCGUUCAACAUGGCUGUUCUAGAGUGCUUCUCUCACGAACUGGACCUGUCGGGUAUGCAGGUCGACGUAGCCCUUCGUAAAUUCCAAGCAUAUUUCCGCAUGCCCGGCGAGGCACAGAAAAUCGAACGUCUGAUGGAAGUGUACAGCCAACGGUACUGUCAGUGCAACCCUGACGUAGUCGCUCGUCUACGCUCGCCGGAUACGGUCUUUGUAUUAGCGUUUGCGAUAAUAAUGCUGAACACCGAUUUGCACACGCCAAACUUGAAACCCGAGCGAAGGAUGAGACUCGAUGAUUUCAUAAAAAAUCUACGGGGGAUAGAUGACUGCGGAGAUAUCGACCGGGACAUACUCGUUGGGAUAUACGAGAGAGUUAAGGCCAACGAGUUCAAACCUGGUUCGGACCAUGUUACUCAAGUGAUGAAGGUCCAGGCAACGAUCGUUGGCAAAAAACCAAACAUGGCUCUGCCGCAUCGUAGACUCGUGUGCUACUGUAGGCUGUACGAAAUACCGGAUAUCCACAAGAAGGAAAGACCUGGCGUUCAUCAGAGAGAAGUAUUCCUCUUCAACGAUCUCCUCGUUGUGACGAAGAUAUUGAGCAAGAAGAAGAGCAGCGUCACUUACACAUUCAGACAGAGUUUCCCACUCUGCGGUAUGGUCGUUACUUUGUUCGAAGUUGCACAUUAUCCUUACGGGAUAAGAUUGUCCCAACGCGUCGACGGUAAGGUGCUCGUGACGUUCAACGCGAGAAACGAACACGACCGCUGCAAGUUUGCAGAGGACUUGAGGGAGUCGAUCAGUGAAAUGGACGAGAUGGAGACACUGAGGAUCGAGACGGAACUGGAAAGGCAGAAAAGCAGCCGCGGGGCGAGAGGCAGCGCCGAAAAUCGAGACUCCGGCGUUGCGGACGUCGAGGUUUGUCCCUGUCCCGGAACUUGCACGGAAAGAACUGAGGCGGUGGAUCUUGAUACGCAGCUGAAGAGGUCCGCGCUGAGUAAUUCACUAUUGGAUAUCCACGAGCAGUUUGCAGGAGAGAAACCACAACGGCGUGGAAGCGUUGGCUCGCUGGAUAGCGGUAUGUCUAUUUCUUUUCAAUCUACUUCAGCCAGCUCGAUGAGCCAGGGCGUAAAGAAUCAAAAUCCGGUGCAAGCGCAUCAUCCUGUUCACCCAGGGGCAACUAUCCCUGGGGGUGCUAAGGGUUUGGCUCAGCAGCCAUCUUUUCUAGGAGGUCUUUUCGCCAAACGCGAACGCAAACCGUCGAGAUCUGAAGAUACUGGGCCAUACAGUCGUACUACCGAAGUAUGAACCUUGGAUCUUUGUCCUAUCAAAGGAUCGUACUUUUGAAAACACAUCACUUGCUAAAAGCAGGAGUCGAGGCUCGUUCCAACACUUAUACUCAACACGACAAAUACAUCUUCUGUGUGUUCAGAAUAAUCGGAGAGAAAAUAAUCAGAUCAGAGGUUCACACCUCUCCGUGGGAUCAAUUUAGUAUUAACUUGUGGAGACUGAAGAAUUCUACUACAGGUCAUGUUCUUGUCUUUCUGUCACCGAUACAUCAUGGCAGACCAAAAAUGCACCAAGACAUUAUUUUUCGAUGAGUCUGAUUCUGUUCUUCCACAAUAAUCAACCAAAGGCUUAUUUAUGAUUUUAAUCAGGUCAGAUAUUUUUUGCUUUAUAUUAUUCUUGCGUUGACCAUGACAGUUUUUGAAAAAAAAAAUUUUGAAAAAUUAAGCAAAGUAAACCUGAAAAUAAUCCAACCCAUGACGUUAGUUCAAUUCGUAUUUGUCAGCUGUACGUUAAAUCGACGUGCUAAUUUGACAGUGAGCUCAGGUUGGAUGAUUACAGUGGCAUCUAAUAAUACAUUUGCCAAUUAAAGUUUUUGCAUGUGAUGUGAUUUGAAGAGGUAGCGACGACGCACUUUAUUUUCGUGAUUUGGCAGGAUCGAAUCUGGGAGUAUCCUCGUAAAAAAAACUAAAUUAAUUUAAAUAAUUUUCGAAGAAUGGUUGGAUAAAUUUAUGUACAUACAAAAAUUUGAAAACAGAAUAUUAAUGGAAGGAAACUGAUUAAGUACGCGUAUACUGCAUACAUGCGUGAUGAGUCUCGUUAAUUCGAUAACACACGUGAACUGACUGAAUCCUUACAAAAAUUGUAUCAGAAAUUGUAAAUUUUCAUUAAUAUGUAACGAAAAAUGAAUGAAAAUAUCCACGUAAGUAACAACCGUUUUAGAAAUCAGCCUACAGCUUGUAGAACGCGUUGAAUUGUAUAUGUAUUGUGUAGCUAUAGCUGCGGACUGUAAAAAGGUACUUUUGGAACAGCGGUAAAAAUUAUAACAAAGAAUAGAAAAAUAAAUUUAUAUCGUACGUAAUAGAUUUUAUCUUUAUUUAUAAACUGUUAUUAUUGUAUUAGAAUUUUUAUUUCCAACUUGAGAUAUAUCACAUGUAAUGUAAAAAAAGAAAUGAUUUAUUUUCAUUCUUUUCUAAACUUUGUAAAUCGAAGCAUUAUUGGAAGAAUUCACGCGACUUGUUACAACCAUGCGAACAUUUGCACAAUAUCCAUGCAUACUUCCAUUAUGUUGAUCGGAAUAGUAAAAUAAAAUAAAAAGAGUACCUAUUGAUAUGUAAAUAUAUCAACUUCAUUUCAACUAGUAUAAUUAUCAUUCGCAUCCAGUAUACAUAUAUAUAAUAUCUGUAAUAAGUCUAGAAUAUUUUUUAAAUCCCUGUAAAAAUUUAAUUACGUGAGGUAAAUUUAAUUACCGUUCAAGUAGUGAUUCGAAUAAUUGUCAUGUAUAUAAAAAUAUUUGAAUAUAAAUACAAAUGCAGUAAAGCGGUUAUUAAUUAAUUGAUAACAAUAUCCACGUAAUUAAACGCCGAGUAUUAGAUAAUGAAAAUCGAAAAUUAAACGCAAGUAUGUAAAUUUUGAAGAUGUCGAACGAAAUUGUCGCUAACAACGAUCGGUGACAAAUAACGGUCGCGAUUUGUUGAAAAAAAAAAAAAUAAUGCAAAUUGAAAUUACAGUUAUUCGAAAUAGUUUGACUCUCGAAUGACGAACUACACGACCGUAAUAGUGAUCUCUAGUCUGUCACGUAAACACAGUCUCUUGUAUACUUUAUCUAAGAACAGAGAUAAUUACUAUCAAAAUUAUCGGGAAAUAUGGCGUUGAUAGGUAUUUAUUAUAUUCAUCUUAGUAAGGAAAACGGAGCAAUCUCAUGCGCCUUAUGAUGCGCAAGGUGCACUGCGAAUUAUUUAUCAUACAGCUGGAUCUUUUUCACUUCGACCAUCGGAAUAUUAAAUUUCAACGGUUAAACCGCGGCCCAUCCUGUCGAAUAGACAAUAAAAUAGAAUGAAAUGAGAAAUGCAAACUUCGUACAAAGUAUAAGCGUUUGAUUGAUGAAACAAUAUGUUUGAUUAUAAGUUAAAUAAAUUAAACCACGUAUUAAAAUGGAGGUAUACCGCUGAAAUCUUAUCUUGCACUCAUACUUCUUGUAUCGACGGUGAUUUUAGCAAGUGUCUCUGUAGCAAUGGCGAUUAUGUAGGUGAGCCUUUUUCACGACGACUAUUUUAUUAAUCGGCACAAUAUGUAUGCUUGUAGUAAAAUUUAUUUAUUGUAGUAGUUGAAUGUAGCUAUAUUAUACUAGAUAAACGUCGUAAUUUCUAAUGUUUUUUUUUUUUUUUGUGCACGUAAUAUGCAGGUCAGAUGGUCAUAUGAGUGACUAUUGUGGAAAAGGCUUGCGGUUAAUAAAAGAAAAGCAAUUGAUUGUCGAUAGUGUGUACCUACGAUUAGGAAGCAUAUAAAAAAAAAUUCCUUUAUCUUUUUCUCUGUGUUAUUGUGUCAUUGUAUAAAAAAAAAACCAAUAGUAGAUGUAUUUUUAAUAAAAAUUGUGUUAAUAAAUACUUAAUGAAAAAAGAACAUUAAUAUCGUCGUUAUGGUAUAAUAUAAUAAAUGUAUAUAAAUAAUAUAUGUAGUUAUUACAAAAACUUCCUGUCGACGAUUCUUAUCGACGAAACACUUUCUUCGAUUAUAGAAUCUAUGAGAACGAGUUUUUAAAUAGCUUAGGAAUAAAUCUUAUUCAAAUUAUUCCAAAAAUUAUUGAACAGUUACCGCAUUAAUUAACAGCAAUAACGAAACAUCGCAUAAUUAAAAUUAUUUACUAUUUAUAGUAUUAUGUAUAUCAAUAAUGCAGUAUAAUUACACGUCUUAAAAUCUAUAUGUAUAUUAACUAUCCGUCAUCAUUAUAUCUUAUACACUGCAACACAACCUGAUCGUAGUCUAAAAAAAGUUUCGUAUGAUUAAAAAGAAAUAAAUUAUCGCCAAAACUGUUGAAAGAUUUUGCAAAUAUAUGCAUAUACAGUGAAACAAUCUUGAAAAAAUUCUAAACUAAUAGCAAUUACAAAAUGUUCGCAGUUUGGUCAACUGAAUAUUACAAUCAGAAUAUACAUACCUAUAUGUAUUACCGAGUGAAUGGUAAUACAAAAGACUGCCUGGUACAAAUUUAAUACAUACAGGUGAUUUCGCCACCUAUCUCUCCCUCUCUCUCUCUCUCUCUCUUUCUCUGUUUCUUCCCCUCUUUUUCUUACUUCAAGCAAUUCAUUGAGUAGAAAUUCAGCAAGUAUUCGUAAUACUCGUGGUCCCAUUAUUAAAAAGUAAAUAUGGGACAAAAGAGUAGACAGAAUUUACGAAAUAAACUUAUUCAUGAUAACAACCACAUAUAUUAUAUUAUGUUAUUAUUGUUGAAGGCAUUUGAAUGCAUAUAAUGUAAACGUGUCAGGAAAUCAUUACUUUCGGAAAUCAAGAACAGAUGUAUACCUUCGCAGGGUAACGAAAUAGCAAAUAAUAUUGUGCUUACAUCAUAUCAUGUUUCAUCGUUUAAUAUAUAAGUGGUGUAAUUGAAAUAUCUUAUAAUAUUUACCAAAUAGAUUAUAGACUGUAUACGGAACGCGAGAGCACACUGUAAAAUCGACAAUACAUGAAUUUAUCCGUGGUUUAAAGUUUUGGAAGCGAUAAUAGGCGCGCGUUGCACGUGUCAUUAUUGUAAUUUAAGGCAAGCAUCAUGUAAAAUAAUAAACUGUACAUAUUAUGAAAUUAAAUAUUAUAAAUACGUGAACUUUGUGACGUCAAGCUUAUUACUGUCGCGUUGGCCAUGCAACAUUUGCAGUGACCGCGUGUGCAGUAAGUUUGAUAAUUUAUAGCACGUAUGUUACAGUGUGUGGUGACGUUAUUCCAUUGUAUUCAAAUAUACUUUACAAUAUCCCGCCAAGCA